UUGAUUUUUGCCUCUGGAAAAAUGGUCUGCACUGGUGCUAAAAGUGAUCAGCAAUCUAAACUGGUAGCAAGGAAUUAUGCCAGAAUCAUCCAAAAGCUUGGGUUUCCUGCUAAGUUUAAGGACUUCAAAAUUCAGAACAUUGUUGGGUCAUGUGAUGUCAAAUUUCCUAUCAGACUUGAAGGUCUUGCAUACUCCCACGGUGCAUUUUCAAGUUAUGAACCAGAACUCUUUCCAAGUCUGAUCUACCGAAUGAAACAACCAAAGAUUGUGCUACUCAUUUUUGUGUCAGGGAAGAUUGUGAUCACUGGAGCUAAGGUGAGAGAUGAGACAUACACGGCCUUUGAGCAUAUAUAUACAUUCCUCACAGAAUUCAGGAAGAACCAGCAAUGAUAUACCUUCGAAUGGAACUUUGAUUUGAUUAGGUUGUAGAUAGUAGGUUUUCCUCUACCACUGUUCGGACUUGGAUUCGAAGUGUUAAUAUAUGAAGAGUGGAGAGGUUGCUUAAAUGCAUCAUUUAAGCAGUAGUUUGUUAGGACAUUUCGGUCCCAGUGGUUAAAAAUGUCCCUUCAUCUUU